GUGGAUCUUGUUGCUGUUGAUCGGGAACGGCCAGUCAUUCACUGCUUCUCGUCGGGCCGUCAACGUAUCGCAUGAACGAGCAGAACGAGAUGUGGUGUAUCAAUCCUCAAGGAAGGCAUGGUGAUGGACCAUCAUUCAUGAUUCCAUACCUCAUAGCCUUUGUCACUGAACAGAGGGUACAACCAAGACGUCGAAUUUUGAGUAUAAGAAGCCACGAACACGCUCGCCAUCACUGCUCUUUCUUUCACCAUCAGUCUCUCAGACAUCACCGUCCUCUCACACACAAACUUCACACCAACGCCAACCUUCAACAAAAUGCAAUUCACCACCGCCCUCCUCCUCGCCCUCCAGGCCACCUUCGCCCUCACCAGCCCCGCCCCCGCGGCCGACCUUUCCACCGCCCAACUCGAAGCCGAGUGCGGCAGUCUCCACGCCAACACCUACAACGAGACCGCUCUCCCCUCCGACGUUGAUCCAGUCCAGAUCCGUCACUGCGUCGAACACCCCUCCGGCACCGCCACCGAGGAAAACACCCUCGGCAAACGCGACUGCGUCCCGGGCAGCGCGGCCCAGUACGGCUGCGGCAGGGGCGGGUACUGCUGGAGGCGCUGCGGCGGGAGCGGGGGCUCGUGGUGCUGGCAGGCGGUGAACAAUGGCUGGGGUGACUGGAUCAAGUGCACUGCGAACAGCCAGUGUGCUCCGAAAAGCGGGUGGGGGUGUGGUCAGAGCGAGGGGGAUUGCAAUGCUUGCGGGUGCUCUUGCACGGGUGGUUUGCCUUUCUAGAUGAUGAGUUGGCAGAGGAGACGGCUCAGUAGGGGUUGAAUAGGAUAAGGGGACGGGAAAGACAUUGGAAGGUCAAAAGCAACAAUGAUGGAUCGCUUCCAAGGGGUUAGAAGUAGUGUGAACAGUAGCUAGGUACCUAGUUUUGUCAUUCUCUCAUUCAUCACCGACACACAGAAAUUGAAAAUUUGGAUAAACAUCGUCGGUG